CGACUUCGGUUCUGUCUGAACUCUGAACUCUGAGUCUAAAGUCUAAACCCUACCAGCAAUAUAGAAGCAUAGAACAGAACACCACUAUCCAAUUUGUCAAUUUCUUCUUCCCUCUCUCUCUUUUUAUUUCGAUUUAUUGGCGCUAAACUACUCAACCAAAGUUCCCGCCGUUUUUUCACUUCAAAAGCUCUGCAACAAAAACCCGCCUUCUCCGGGUUCCUCUUCCUUUGUUACAGACUUACACAACACUCUUCACUCGGUUCAGGUCCUCCCUCCCUCCCUCUCUCUCUCUCUCUCUCUCUCUCUCUCUCUCUUGCUUAUUCGAUUUAGGCCUGUUAAAAAUGGGAUCGUCGGCAAUAUUGGAUGCCAAUCCAACUGCCGUGAAAUCGACUACUCCAAAGAAUCGAGUGGAUUCAGGAAUGAAGGACAAGGCCAGAAGCAAAUCAAAGCCCGUCAUUUCCGAUGCUGGUAAAAUGGAUGUAGAUGAAGCAACCAAUGUCAACCCAAAAGAAAAGAAGCGUAAUGCGUCUGAGAGCAAUAAAGAACCUACUGGUUCUCGCAAGAUGCCAAAGCGAGCUGCUGCCUGUGCCAAUUUCAAGGAGAAAUCUAUUCGUUUGCCUGAAAAGUGUUCUAUCGUUGAAUCAAAGAAGGGCCCAUUGGUGGAAGAAGAGAUAGUAGCGGUGCACCUGACUUCUGGCCCAAAUGUUCCUCAUCCGAAUAGAAGACUUACGGAUUUCAUUGUACAUGAUGCAGAUGGAGCUUCUCAACCCUUUGAGAUGACAGAAGUUGACGAGAUGUUCGUCACUGGUGUUAUAUUGCCUAUGGAUGGAAGUUCAGACAAAGACAAGGACAAAGGUUUCAGGUGUGAAGGCUUUGGGAGGAUAGAGUCGUGGGCAAUCUCUGGGUAUGAAGAGGGGUCACCUGUAAUUUGGAUCAGCACUGAGGCUGCAGAUUAUGAAUGUCUUAAACCUGCAAGUUGCUACAAGAAGUUGUAUGAUCAUUUCUUCGAGAAGGCUCGUGCUUGUGUUGAGGUCUUCAAGAAAUUAUGGAAGCCUUCCGGAGGAAAUCCUGACAUAAGUCUUGAAGAACUUAUUGCUGGGGUCGUUCGUUCAAUGAAUGGAAGCAAGAACUUCCCUGACAUGGUGUCUAUCAGGGAAUUCGUUGUCUCACAGGGUGAAUUUAUCCAUAACCAACUUGUUGGUUUGGAUGAGACAUCUGAGAAGAAUGAUCAGAUCUUUACUGGGUUGCCUGUGCUGGUUGCUCUUAGAGAUGAGGCUAAGAAAAGGGGGGACUUUGUGCCCUCAAAUGCUUCAUCAUCCGGGGUUCUGAGAAUUAAGGAUGGGGGAGAGAAUUUGAAGGGGUCCAGUUCUUCCACCUGCACGUCAGAGGAAGAUGAGGAUGAGAAGUUGGCCAGAUUGUUGCAGGAAGAAGAGUACUGGCAAUCAAUAAAGAAGAAAGGGCAGCGCCACAACAAUGCUCCAAGCAAGUUCUAUAUCAAGAUCAACGAAGAUGAAAUAGCAAAUGAUUAUCCUCUACCUGCAUAUUACAAGACCUCCGUUGAAGAAACAGAUGAAUAUAUUGUUUUUGGCAGUGACGUUGAAACGUGUUACCCUGAUGAACUUCCUCGGAGUAUGCUUCACAACUGGACACUCUAUGACUCCGAUUCAAGGCUUAUUUCUUUGGAGCUGCUCCCAAUGAAACCCUGUGCUGAAAUUGAUGUAACAAUCUAUGGGUCAGGGAUUAUGACUACUGAUGAUGGCAGUGGGUUCUGUCUUGAUGAUGACCCAACCCAAUCUUCUUCAAGUGCUUCAGGAGCCAAAAACGUGGAUGGAAUUCCAAUUUAUCUGAGUCCUAUUAAAGAAUGGAUGAUUGAGUUUGGAUCUUCAAUGGUCUUCAUAACAAUCCGAACAGAUUUAGCCUGGUAUAGGCUUGGGAAGCCAUCAAAACAGUAUGCUCCAUGGUAUCAGCCAGUUCUGAAAACUGCGAGGCUUGCAAUCAGCAUUAUUACGUUGUUGAAGGAGCAAAGCCGUGUAUCACGGCUUUCUUUUGCAGAUGUGAUCAAAAGAGUGUCAGAGUUUGAGAAAGAUCAACGGGCUCAUAUCUCUUCUAAUCUGGCUGCAGUGGAGAGAUAUGUGGUUGUCCAUGGACAGAUAAUAUUGCAACAAUUUGCAGAAUAUCCUGAUGAAAAGAUCAGGAGGUGUGCUUUUGUAACUGGUCUAUCUGAUAAAAUGGAGCAACGCCACCACACAAAAUUGAUAGUAAAGAAGAAGUUGGUUUUGAAGAAUGAAGCAAAUCCAAACCCAAGGGCAAAAAUGGCACCCACAAUGUCACAGAGGAAGGCAAUGCAGGCUACUACGACAAGGUUGAUCAACAGAAUUUGGGGUGAGUACUAUUCCAAUUAUUUGCCUGAAGAUCUAAAGGAAGAAAAUAAGUCUGAAGGGAAAGAGGAUGAAGAAGUUGAGGAGGAGCAAGAGGAAAAUGAAGAUGAUGAUUCUGAAGAGGCCAGAGAGGAAACCGUAUUAGUUCGAGAGCAGACCCCAAAACCUCAUUCAGCAUCCAAGCAAACUAAAUCUAGGUCCACUGCCAAGGAAAUCAAGUGGGAUGGAGAUUCAGUUGGUAAAACAUGUUCUGGUGAGGUCCUUUAUAAACGAGCCAUUCUUCAUGGAGAUGUUAUAUCUGUGGGGGAUGCUGUGGUUCUGGAGGCUGAUGAUACAGAGGAAAUACCUACUAUUUAUUUUGUGGAGUACAUGUUUGAAAAAUCAAACUCAAAAAAGAUGGUUCAUGGGAGGGUAAUGAAGAGAGGAUCUGAGACUGUUCUUGGAAAUGCUGCUAAUGAGAGAGAGGUUUUCAUGACCAAUGGGUGCAUGGAAUUUGAAAUGGGGGAUAUUAAGCAAACUGUGGUUGUGGAUGCCCGCUUGAUGCCUUGGGGACAUCAACAUAGAAAGGAUAACAUUAAUGCUGAUAAGGUUGACAGGACAAGAGCAGAAGAAAGGAAAAAGAAAGGGUUACCCAUGGAAUACUAUUGCAAAAGCUUGUAUUGGCCUGAGAGAGGUGCCUUCUUUAAACUUCCCUUUGAGACUAUGGGUCUUGGAUCUGGAAUUUGCUACUCUUGCAAAAUAAAGGAGGCAGAGAAAGAGAAAGAGAUCUUGAAACUUAAUUCAUCCAAGACUGGAUUUAUAUAUAAGGGGACUGAGUACUCUGUUCGUGAUUUUGUUUAUGUGAGCCCUCAUCAAUUUGUAUCAAGUACAGAGGAGCAUGAAACAUUCAAGUCUGGGAGAAAUGUGGGAUUGAAAGCUUAUGUUGUUUGUCAGUUUCUGGAGCUUGAUGCACCCAAAGGAUCCAGCCAAGCUCUCCCAGGGUCUACCAAGGUUAAAGUCAGAAGAUUCUUCAGACCAGAGGAUGUUUCAUCUGAACAAGCAUACACUUCUGAUGUUAGAGAGAUCUUCUACAGUGAGCAGAUUCUUAGUGUGCCUGUUGAUACUAUACAAGGAAAGUGUGAAGUAAGAAGGAAGUUUGAUGUUCCACCUAUGAGUGGUCAUGCAAUCUUUGAGCACAUUUUCUUUUGUGAACAUCUGUAUGACACUGCUAAAGGAACCAUCAAACAGCUGCCAGCUAAUGUUAGAAUAGAGUACUCAAAAAGCAAGAGUGCUGAUGAUGCUGCAUCUAGGAAGAGAAAAGGAAAGGCUAAAGAAGGAGAAAGUUGUUUUAAUACUGUUGAUAACCAACAAGAUGCAUCCCCAGAAAACCGGUUGGCCACUUUAGAUAUCUUUGCUGGUUGUGGUGGCUUAUCUGAGGGGCUAGAACAAUCUGGUGCCUCAAUUACCAAGUGGGCAAUUGAAUAUGAAGAACCUGCAGGAGAAGCAUUUACUCUUAACCACCCAAAAGCAUUAACUUUCAUUUCCAACUGCAAUGUAAUUCUCAGGGCCAUAAUGGUAAAGUGUGGAGAUGCAGAUGAUUGCAUCUUUACUUCUGAGGCUGCUGAAUUAGCUGCAGCACUUGAUGAGAACAAGCUUAACAAUUUGCCACUGCCUGGGCAAGUUGAUUUCAUCAAUGGGGGCCCCCCCUGUCAGGGUUUCUCUGGAAUGAAUAGGUUUAAUCAGAGCACCUGGAGCAAAGUUCAAUGUGAGAUGAUCCUAUCAUUCUUAUCAUUUGCAGACUAUUUUCGGCCAAAGUACUUUUUGCUUGAGAAUGUGAGGAACUUUGUAUCUUUCAACAAAGGACAGACAUUCCGUUUAACUUUAGCUUCACUCCUUGAAAUGGGUUAUCAGGUGAGGUUUGGUGUCUUGGAAGCUGGUGCCUUUGGCAUUUCUCAGUCUCGGAAACGAGCUUUCAUCUGGGGAGCCUCUCCAGAAGAGACACUCCCUGAAUGGCCUGUGCCUAUGCAUGUGUUUUCAGGUCCGGAUCUGAAAAUUACAUUGCCUGAUGAUGUGCAGUAUGCUGCAGUUCGGAGUACUGCUACUGGAGCCCCUUUCCGUGCAAUAACCGUCAGAGAUACAAUUGGGGAUCUCCCAGCAGUUGAUAAUGGUGCAUCUACAACAACAAUGGCGUAUUCCGGUCAACCUGUAUCAUGGUUUCAAAAGCAAAUUCGAGGGAACAUGGUGACCUUGCAUGAUCACAUAUCAAAAGAAAUGAAUGAACUGAAUCUUAUCCGUUGUCGUAAAAUUCCAAAGCGCCCAGGUGCUGAUUGGCAUGACCUCCCAGAUGAAAAGGUGAAGCUGUCUACUGGACAAGUGGUUGAUUUAAUACCAUGGUGUCUACCAAACACAGCUAAGAGGCACAAUCAAUGGAAGGGCCUAUUUGGGAGGUUGGAUUGGGAAGGGAACUUUCCAACUUCCAUCACAGAUCCACAACCUAUGGGCAAGGUGGGGAUGUGCUUUCACCCUGAUCAGGACAGGAUAGUUACAGUUCGAGAGUGUGCACGGUCACAAGGUUUCCCGGAUAGCUAUCAAUUUGCUGGUAACAUUCAACACAAGCAUAGACAAAUUGGAAAUGCUGUCCCUCCACCUUUGGCAUUUGCAUUGGGGAGGAAACUGAAGGAAGCCCUGAAGCAGAGACAGUAAACAUUUCCUUUUCCAUUUUAUGGUUAUAUUCAGCAUUGAUAGGAAAUGGUUUUUCUUUAUUUCCUAUCAUAUUCAGCCUUUAUGAAUGUGAUUAUUCAUCAUUGCCAACCAUAUUCCAAGCUAAUUUGGUAUUGAGUUAGCUUGUAUGGUUUUGUAAUUGGAAUUUGUACAAGAACUUAGUAAUUUAGUCUUUUAUUAGCCAAGCUGUAUCUCAUUUUUCUGGCAUAGUUUUGUUUGAUCAAAGAUCAGCAGCUGAUUUGUCCUUUCUCUUC